CUAUGUUUGGACUUUAAACAAUAUUACGGACGUAUCAUAGUUGCGCAAUAGAACGCAAAAUUUGUUGAAUUCAUAAUUUUUUGCUGUACUUUUUGAAAGACACCCUUAUUAUUUACAAGAAACUGUGCCCUCGAAACAGCGGUUCACAGAAAAAAAUCUGGUUAAAAAUAAACCGCGGAGAAUCGCGAUAGCUGUACUAAAUAUCCGCUUAACGGUUGUUUGUAUUACAAUCGCCUGCAGUCAAAUUAGAAUCGAGGGGAAAAACGCGAGUUGGAUUUAAAACUUUCGAAGACUUGGCGGUUCGAAUUCGGCUCACCCCGAGCUACCCCGAUUUUGUCCGAGUUGCGAGAGAGACAGCGUAAUUCUAACAUGGCGGCUUAAGAGUUCUGUGGUGAUUUUCAUCCUAGUAGGGAUUCAACCCUUUUGUUUUAGUGGCCCCGUGUUUACAAGAAAAGGCCAAAACAAUCUCUUCCAAGUGGUUGUGCAGCAAAUGUCUAAAAUUAAUUAUCGAUAUCUACAACCGUCAUUGUUUCGUCCAGGAGUAGGCGCUUCAGCACUCUCUAAUAUGUCUUCCCAACGUUUCUGUUUGAGGUGGAACAACCACCAAUCCAAUUUAUUGUCAGUUUUUGAUCAGCUUCUGCACGAUGAAAGCUUUGUUGAUGUCACUCUUGCAGUAGAAGGACAACUUCUGAGGGCUCAUAAGAUGGUUUUAUCUGCAUGUAGCCCAUAUUUUCAAGCCCUGUUUGUUAAUCACCCUGACAAACAUCCCAUUGUAAUUCUCAAAGAUGUCCCAUAUAAUGAUAUGCGCAGUCUACUUGAUUUUAUGUAUCGAGGUGAAGUUUCGGUUGACCAAGAUAGACUUACAGCCUUUUUGAGGGUAGCAGAAAGUCUUAGAAUAAAAGGUUUAACUGAAGUCAAUGAGGAAAAAUGUGACACAAUUACAUCUUCUUUGAUGCAACAACAAGGAAACAAUCUUCCACAUUUACAAAGGCUACAGCCCCAGAAAAGAUUUGGAAAUACAUUAAAUAUGUUAGGAAAUGCUCUCAUGCAGCCUAAAAGGAAACGAGGUAGGCCUAGGAAACUUUCUGGUAGUUCGAAUGGUGUUGAAGAUUAUGAUAGGAAUGAUUCAUUAGUGACAGGAAGUCCAGAGAUGUUAGAAGUUAAAAUGAGUAUGGAUGGUUUUUCUGGUCAUAAUUCUGACUCAAGUAGUGGAAAGCCAGACAAGGAAGAGACAGAUGAAGUUAAAGUUAAGAAAGAAUCAGAGCCAGUUGCUGGAACUUCCAAAGAACAACAAGGAUUGAACAAUUCAGUGCCUAAGAACAAUGAUACAGAAGCACAAACUUCAGGUAAGUUUAAAUUGAUAAAAAAAUAAGUUUUGUUCUGAUUUAGGAAGUAAUUUUUGAAGGCUCUUGGUGAAACAAUUUAAUUAAAGGAAGGUAAAAACAUUUGGAAUGGUUUCACUUAUAGAAAUAUUUUUAACUUAUUAGGGCAUUAAGUACUGCAAUUCCAAUACAGUUAUUUUCUUUGAAUCCUACUCAACUUAAGUAGUAUAAACUUAUUAACCCAAGAGAGAGUUAAUAAUUUUCCCUAUGGAAGGUGGUGUAACAGUUUAAAAUUAUUUUUAUGGGUCUUUUUAUAUUCAUUUAAUGGUAACUAUUAUUGUAAGGAAAUGCCAUUCCAAUAAAGU